UCAAAAAGGAAGAAGAAGAGAGUUAAAGCUUCAAUGGUGAUUUUAUCGGCGAGCUUCUCCGUGAGAGCUGCCUUGGACACGCAGCCUAGACUCCCAUACAACCCCAACGCGCCUCGUAAAGUAAAGAAAACCACACCUAACAGCAACUCUUUCUUACCUCCGCCUUUACCUCCUCCACCGUCUCCUCGACUCACCAUCUCCGUCGACGAUUUACUCAAACGACCCGAGAGUAAAGAGUUGAGUGAUGAAGUUGUUGAUGAUGAUAGUUAUAUGGGGUAUGAGACGUGGUCUCCAAGUCCUCCACCAAAGCUGGAGAAGCCAAGAUCAGUUUUCAAUGCUGCUUCUUUGGCCUUUAUAGGUGAUUCCAUCUAUGAGUUGUAUGCACGUAGGCAUUUCCUUUUCCCUCCACUUAGUAUUGAAGAUUAUAACGAUCGUGUUAGAGCUGUGGUGCGCUGUGAAGCUCAGUAUGCUUUGUUGAAGAAACUUGUUGAUGAUGAUUUCCUAACAAAGGAAGAGAGGGAUGUACUCAGGUGGGGAAAGAAUCUAGGGUCGGCUAGAACACGCACAAGAAGGCGUGCUGGUUCUGCGGUUUAUAACAAAGCAUCAUCACUGGAGACACUGAUUGGCUAUCUGUAUCUAACCAACGGGAAGAGAUUAGAAAAAAUAAUGCAGAAGCUAGGAUUCUCAAGCGACUCUUCCACUGAGAUCAUGAUUGAAAUUGCAAAGCCAAAACCAUCAGAAUCAAACCUACCAUCCUUUAUACUCAGUGAGUGUAAUCUAUCUAUUUCAUCAAUAUCGUUCUAAAAAUUCAGCAAAACUACACAAAAUCAUAGAUUCAUAACCAAAUUCUCCUUUUGGUGAAUCUGUAGAUGAGCAAGUGUCACAGUAGCAUAGUAAAAGGUCAUUUACUCUCUCGGAUCAUGGAAAAGCUGAAGGAUCAUCAGAGUUUUAAUAGUAGGCCGGUUUAGCAUUUCGUUAUUUACUUAACCGGAGAGACUGUGUAUUGUACAUACACAUCGUUAUAUAUGAAUGUGUAAAACUCCUACUGGUUCUCAAAAUAGAAUGCUUAUUUUUGUCUUGUCUCAAUGAUGACGCUUGUACUACUAACGAAGAUAUUAUACAUUAGAUAAAAAGAUUAAAAGACAUAAUAUCUU